AUGGAUGAAUCAGUGGAUCCCGUGGAGCUGCUUUUGCGAUUGCUCAUACGGCACAAGCCUCAUCUCAAACCGUACGCUUACAGACAAGAUAGUUGGCAGAGGGUGCUCGAUGAGUACAACAGGCAGACUGGAUCAAGAUAUAGACAAUCAAGAACUUUGAAGACCAAGUACCGCCGAUUGAGGGAUCUUUUUAGUACAGAUCGAGCACAGUUUUCUCCUUCUCAGCUUAAGCUUAUGGGUGCUCUCCUGGAUGAGGCACCAGAGCAUUCAAAACCGAGAACUAAAUUUGGUAAUGAAUCAUCUUCAUCAUCAUCAUCAUCAUCAACAUCCUUCACUAAGGGCCACCCAGGGCCGGAUCCAUUCCAACAGUUAUCGUCAGGAGAUAACGGACGUCCUAACGCCAACAGCUCUGAUGAUGAGCGUGAACGCUCAGGAUCACAACCACUGCCCCUCGACUCGAUAACGAUUGGGAUCCCACCUACUCUUCAAACAAUUCCCAUGAUCUUGUCUAAAGACACCAAUAUUGAGAAGGUAACUAAGAGCCCAAAGAUAAAUAAAAGCAUAGAUGGGUUCAAUGAGACGGUGCUGCCUUCCCAUAUGGCCAACGAGCAGUCAUGGUCAGACUCCAAUGUGGAGUUGGAAAUAUGUUUAGAUUAUCUCCACAAUGAGCUUGAAAUGAUAAAAGAGAGGCAGCAAGAUUUUGAAUGCAAAGUGCUGAACAAGCUCAACGUUAUCGAGGUCCUCCUGUCGCAGAUGCGACCACCUAAUCAAGGAGAUACUCUAUAA